UACAACUUUUGCAUCAACCCCAUCAGCCCGCUUGGCCGCCAGAAUCUUCUUCUCAGACACGUCAACGACAGGUGUGGACAGCUCACUCUUCUCAGCUGAUCAUUCUUUUGGCCUCCCGCUUACGGAUCGCGGCUCAGGAACCCUCGAGACCGUCUGCUCUUCUAUGUCCCAAACAUACUAGCGCAUUCCUUCGCAGUCACUACCAUCCUUGCAAGCCGCCUCUGUUUGACAACAGGUAUCCAUGUCAUAGAAGGCUCCCCCGCUCUGACACGUCGCAUUCCCUUACAUACAUCAUGGCCGACCUCGCUCGCGAAGAAGCCGAGCGUUACUUUUCCUCUCGAGACCAUACAGUUUCUCAUCCUGAAGAUAGAGACAACGAUUCAGAACGCUCUUUUGAAGAUCGAGCCGACUCUCCUGAAGACGGCUAUCAUCCUGACCCCGGGACAGACGACGACGACGUUGCAAAUAUGGCCACGAUGACCGCUACCAGAACGAGCUACCAUCUGCCUUCACAGGUGCAUUACGCCAAUACAGGACCCAAGGGAGUCAUUGCCGACGCUCAAUCAUUCGCUCGCGCCAAACAGUCGACCUUCCGCCAGCGACUAGCCAGCUUCGCUGGCAACUUGACCUCGCACAAGCCCUCCGGCACCGUUACAGAAAAAGCCGACAAGAGGAAAAGUCGCUUCGGCACAUCACCCAAAUCCAAUUCUUCCGACUCGGAAAUCCUCGCCCUAUCAGACGACGAAGCCGAUCCAGAAUUCAUGAACACAUGGCGUGCAAAUCGGGUAGCCGAGCUAUCUUCCCAGUCACAGUCGGCGUAUAACUCCCAGAGAAAGCAAUCCCCCAGCCAACGUACAUGGGGCACUUUCUCCGAAGUCGAUGCCACCGGCUAUCUCGAUGCUAUUGAGAAGGUGUCAGACGAUACCGUCGUAGUGGUCAUGAUCCACGACCCGUCGUCCUCGGCAAGCGCACAGGUCGAAGAUGAGCUGAGCACUCUCGCCUACAAGCACAACAAGACGCGCUUCGUACGGCUAAAUCACGAGAUCGCGGAGAUGGAAACCAUCGAGGUCCCCGCCGUGUUGGCCUACAGGGGUGGCGACGUUUUCGCCACGAUAUCUGGUGCAAGGGCCGAGGGACUGGAAGGUGUUCUAUUACAAAAUCGUGUCCUAUGACGAUAUGAUCCCUUUGUCCGGCUUUGGAAUGAAAAUUCUUCGUUCUCAGAUACCCCUCGAUCCAUAGCCUGCUUGCUUCUAAUUCGAUAUCUUGUGUUACCACAUCCAAGCAUGCUGUUCAUUCCGCGGCAGUCAAACACCAAUCGCAUUAACGCAAGACACGAGAGCUUACACGGAGGGCUUUCGGAUCGCCAACCCUUCCGUGCGCCGCUUGUACCUCGACGACCACAGACUCAUUAUACCACUUGGAGAAUCCAUGUGUCUCUCCCGCAUCACCUCACUACGCAUAAAUGACACCGGCAGCCACCAGAACCACCGGCCCUAGCAGCGCACUGAAAUUGUCACCUUCUGCUUCGACAAAACACUUAGGGGCGCAAAAUCCCUACCGCGACAGACGAACACUCUGAGCCAGCGGUCAAACAACAGACACUCCAUCUUCUCGUGGGCGACGGCCAGCUUUAGCUUUCAUGGAUUGGCUCCCUACCACCCCAAUCAUUAUGUUCUCCGUAGCCCUCCAGGUAAUGAGCGCGCUGCCUGGCCUUCCUAUCGCCACUUUACCAUUCAGAGCAUGUUGCCACUCAUUGAUCGCUCCGUGCCACUCGCAUGCUGUGCCGAUUCAGCUCGACUAGGAUUGUGCUUGGAUAGCAGUGAGGAGCAGAACGUAUAGAAAACUUUACAUAGUUUCCACCUGGCCAGGGCGAUUGUACGUACCUUGACCCGACCGCGUUGGCUGGCAGAUGGCGCAUAUGGCUGCUAUCUUGGCGCAGAUUGUGCCUUUCACUUAGGCUCCUACAGCUCUGGUAGGAGCUGGUUUAGACGUUACUCGAGCUGGAGCGUGCACGUAUCAAUGGCACCGGAACUGGGAGACCCCAACCUGUUCCAGACAUGUGCUUGAAGGACUUACGAGGUAUCUACACUGCUCUACCCACCUUAGGUGGCCAUAGCCACGACUCACUAUCGCUCUCGAUUGCACUGCAAAGCCUCCACUGGAAGACCUGGAAGUCAAACUCAUAUCUACGGCUCAAGGGUCAGAUGACAAAUUGGAUAGAGCAAAUUGCUGAAAAG